AUGGACUAUCGCCCCGGAUCAGACGGGUACCAGACACCCCUCAGCAGCCCACGCUCAUGCCUCUCGACGCCGCCAACGUCGCCACCCAGCACUGGGAGCCCAAAGCCUCUGUCGGCUCGAUAUUGCGGUAAGAUCAGUCGCUCGACAGCCCGGAAUCCACAGACUAACAAGACUGCUGCUUCAGAUCCAGGCUCGCCGCCAGCUUCCUUUGUCUCACGAUUCCGGAAUGUCAGACUUGAGCUUCCGUUUCACCGCAAACCCAGCUCUCGGGGCCCAUUCACUACCCCCGAGGAAGCCAUCAGCGACAUAAAACGACGGGGGGAUGAUUUCCUCCGUGCAAACAAAAAUCUAAUCCUACCGCUCCUAGACAAAGUCCCCUCAACUUUGCAAGCUGAAAGUCAUAUACACCUCCCACUUGAGCAGCGGGACCGGCUCACAAGCCAGCCGAAAGGGUUGCGGGCAACCCUUAAGCCGUACCAGCUCGAGGGCCUCUCGUUCCUGAUGUACCUGCGACGGAACGGCGUGGGCGGCAUCCUGGCCGAUGAGAUGGGUCUGGGCAAGACGCUACAGACACUUGCGCUGUUCGCGCACGUCCGGGAGACCGAACAGGCCUCGUGCGCCAACCCUGCGCCGUUCCUGGUGGUUAGUCCGCUCAGCGUGUUGGAGACGUGGAUCGCUGAGAUCGAAAAGUGGACGCCAGGGCUGACUCCCGUUAAGUUCCAUGGCCCGCGCGAUCAGCGGGCUGAAGUGAAGAAACUUUUCUCCAAGACUCACGGCAAAGAGGGCUGCUUCAAGGAGGAUGUGCGGAGCACGGUGCUUAUCACUUGUUAUGAGACGCUCAUGUCGGAGACGAUGUGGUUUAGGAAGGUGGCGAUUUGGAAGUAUGUUGUGCUGGAUGAGGGGCAUAGGAUCAAGGAUAAUACCUCUAAGCGGGCGCAGUCGAUUGGCAAGCUGCGCGCUGAGUAUAAGCUCAUUUUGACAGGUACUCCCAUACAAAACAACUUGGGGGAAGUCUGGUCCCUGUUGCACUGGCUCUUCCCGGAAGUUUUCACCCCCUCAUCGUCCAAGCUGUUCCACGAUGCUUUCUCUUUGAAUGCAGGCAGGUUCGACGCCGCCUUCUCUACCCACAUAAAAGCGUUCCUCAACCUUAUCAUGCUGCGACGGUUGAAGGACUCUCCGGAAGUGGGUAUCAAUCUGCCGCCCAAACAAGUCGUAACGCUCGCCGUGCCGCUUUCCAAUCUACAACAUGCUUUGUACAUGAAAGUGUUGACAGGGCGGGACGAAGCACACAGUGACGAACCGGCAUCGACGUUGACGUUCACCUCAGACCAGCACGGCUGGCCGGUCGAGCCGAACCUCGACCCUAGCAAGCCAGUCACUGACAAUAGAUGGAGAAUCUCGGACAACAUUCUAAUGGAACUCCGCAAGUGCUCCAUUCACCCGUGGCUCUUGGAUAAGAACCGCGAAGUCGACGACUCGGGCAGUCUCCUGUCGUGCUCGGGAAAGCUUCUCGCCUUGAGCAAACUGGUCCAACACUUUGUCUUCACUGCGAAGAAAAAGGUCGUCAUCUUCUCGUGCUUCGUCAAGGCUCUCAAUCUGUGCGAGGAGAUGUUGGAAACUCUCCAGAGGGGCGACCUAUUCGAGUAUGUCAGGCUGGACGGGAACACCUCGCGGGCGUGGCGCAGGCUGUGCGUUCAUCUCUUCAAUAACCUUCCUCAGUACAGGGUCUUUCUUGUGUCAAUCAGAGCGGGCGGAGAGGGCCUCAGCAUGAUCGGAUCGUCCGUGGUCAUCUUUUUGGACGAGGAUUGGAACCCGCAAGUGAUGAGACAGGCCGAGUCGCGCGUGCAUCGGAUCGGUCAAACUCAGCCAGUCACGAUCUUCCGGCUGAUCUCGAAGGGGACUUUAGAAGAACAGAUGAGCCGCCGCCUGCUGAAGAAAGCGUACCUGUCGUCUAAGAUCAUCGAGGAGGAGCGACAGGACUAUGCGCUGGCGGGGAUAGACGAAACCCCACCCAUGCAACUGAUUGCUUCCGAGGGCCUGCCUGAGAACAACCUAGCGGAUAUGAGAUUGUGGAGUUUCGAGUCUCUUCUGAGCCGAUGCACGAUCAACUCAACCACCGGACAAGACCUCGCCGGUUCUUCAUCUUGGUGGAGAGUGUCAGAGCGGGUACGCACGAACAUUUUCAACGGAAGAAUGGUAGAGAAAAUGUCGAGAAUCCAAUUGUUCCCGGAGGAGACCCCCUGCUUCGCCCGUGCGGAGCGUCGAAUUGGCAAGGGGCGGGUCAUCACGAUCGAGGGCUACGACGUCACCAAGGAGAACCUGCGCAUGGACGUUCUGUCUCCAACGAAGCCAAAAUCAAUGGACAUGGAAAUGAAGACAAUGACCAACCAGACCACCUGCGCGGUCUGCCAGGAGUUCGAGCCUUUGAACUGCCAAACUUGUCCGCGGGCGUACCAUUGGGAGUGUCUGCAGGAAUCGAUGAAAGCGCACACCGACGAGGUUCGAUUCAGCUGCCCCCAACACAUCUGCUCUGGGUGCGAGAGACGGACCUCCGAGGCCGGCGGGCUUUUGUUUUGCUGUGCACAAUGUCCGCUCGCAUUCUGCGAAGAUUGUCUGGAUUGGAGCAAAGCUGAGUUCCUUGGGAGAAACCACGCAUUUGAGCUCCUUGGGUAUCAUCCUCAGUCGUACUUCUAUAUCCGCUGCUCUGGCUGUAGGGAGAAUCGGAAGCGGCUUUGCGAUGACUUGGGUGGAUGGCCGGCGAAGCGCCUGAGGAUGAAGCAUUGACUAGAUCUGGGCGUUUGGAAUCGGACCUACAAAGAUGAAUGGAACACCAACUGCACGGUCUCAUGUGUAUAAGGGACUCGUAGUGUAUUACCGAGACAGACGUCGAAUCAAACCGCAUUACCAAAACAGGGAACGUACUGACCUGACCUGACCUGACGGUCAUUAGUAUCACCUGCCACCGGUACGUAACUGGAA